UGUUAGUGUGUGUAUGUGUGUGUGUGUUAGUAUGUAUGUGUUAGUGUGUGUGUGUGUUAGUUAGUCAGUGUGAAGCUCUCCUCCCUCUCUCCACCCCCUCUCUCCACUCCCUCCCCCUUUCCCAAGUGUGGAUUUUCUCAGCCAAACUAGCCUCAGCCACCACAGUGUGUAUGUGUAUGUGUAUGUGUGUGUGUUAGUUAGGUAGUGUGAAGCUCUUCUCUCUGGAGCAGGAGCAGGAGCAGGAGCAGCAGCAACUGGAGCAGCAGGAGCAGGGACACACACACACACACACACACUGUGUGGGACAGGGAGCUUGGAGCUGAUGGAUCGCAGGGCAGUGAGUUGCUGCUGUUUCUUGCUGGUGGCUUCUCCUCUCCUCCUCCUCUCCCCUCUGCUCCCCACAACAGCAGCCAGCCCGGGCAAGGACAUGUCCCAACAGCAGCAGCAGGGUCGUUUCAAGGUGGUCUUCACCCCAACUAUCUGCAAGAGGACCUGCCUGAAGGGACAUUGCCAGGACAGCUGCAAACGGGGCAACACCACGACUCUCAUCAGCGAGAAUGGCCAUGCGGCUGAUACACUCACUGGCUCAGGCUUCAGAGUGGUUGUGUGCCCGCUGCCGUGUCAGAACGGCGGGCAGUGCAGCUCCCGCAACCGAUGCCAAUGCCCCACGCACUACACGGGCAAGUUUUGCCAAAUCUCCAUGGGCGGCAAAGUUCACGUUCACCAGGCAGGAGCCGGCGACCACCUGCCCGACAAGGCCACCGAGACCUACAAGCACUCGGUGUUCACCCUGCAGCUUACCCCCGACGAACACUCGGCUAAAGUGCUGCCGGGUCAUCCCUACACCGGGGGGCAGCACCACAGGUCGGAAGUGCAGCUCCAGCCCGUCAUCAACCUCCACGUCCGUCACCCUCCGGAGGCCACGGUCCAGAUCCACCGCGUGUCCAGCGUAGACGGCCACCUGACCGAGCAGAAGUUCCUCCACCCCGUGCAGAAGGUCAACCACUACCCGCCCCGGACACUCCCCACCUCGCAGAAGAAGCUGGGACGAUGCUUCCAGGAGACCCUGCCAAAGACGUGCAGCAACCCACUGCCCGGACUGACCAAGGAGGAGGACUGCUGCGGCAGCAUUGGUGCCUCUUGGGGCUUCAGCAACUGCAACAAGUGCCGACACCAGCACUAUGUGUCUGAUCCGAAGACUGGCUUUGCAAGUGGUAUGGAGUGCCCCCAAGGGUACAAGCGACUAAACGCCACCCACUGCCAAGACAUUAACGAGUGCCUGAUGCAGGGCGUAUGCCAGAACGCGGAAUGCCUCAACACCCAGGGCAGUUUCCGCUGCUCCUGUAAGUCGGGAUACACAAUGGGGCCAUCGCUGACUCAUUGCGUGGUGGAGCAGUCGGGUGAGAAAGGUCCGUGCUACCUGCUAGUGGACACGGCCAAACGAUGUACCUACCCUCUUGGUGGGGAACUGACCAAACAGAUCUGCUGCUGCUCUGUAGGCAAGGCCUGGGGCUCCAGUUGUGACCCCUGCCCCAUCUCUGGAACCGCAGAAUUCCACGAGACGUGCCCAGCUGGGAUGGGCUACCAUUUCUCCAGCUCGCACCAGAAGAUCAGCAUCCCGCCGGGGAGCAGCAUCACCGUACGGAUCGAUGCGGACGGCAAGGCGAGGAUCGUUCAGGUGCCCGUCGCCGUGCCAACCGCCCCGCCCAACGAGGCCGCCCACAGGGACAUCGCUGAAGCUACCACCAUCGCCCUGCUCCCGACCUUCAGCCUCACGGAAAAGGUGUUCUCCGCAAGUUUCGUCCCGUUCGGAUCCAGAUUCCCGGUAGAAUUGGAACCACGGCCAACAAGCCCAGCGGUCAAAGUCCUUCCUCCCGACCAGUCCAUGGAGUUUGGGCCAUCGCAGGUUGUAGAGAUGGACACGUGCAAAGUGAAUCGCGGAAUCUGUGGGCGCGGUGUGUGCGUGCACGACCCCACGGGCUCGGGAUACUCGUGUGCCUGCCACACCGGGUACCAGCAACAUCCCCACUUCAAGCAGUGCGUGGACGUGGACGAGUGUGAGAAUAAUCCGUGCGGAGUCAGGAGAGGCAAGUGUGUCAAUUCCAUCGGCACCUACAGUUGCAUCUGCUACAGUGGCUUCCACUUGCAAGAACUUCCGGAAGGCAGUACAUGUGUCGACAUUAACGAGUGUGGCGAAGGCGUGCGGUGCACCAACGGUGGGUGUGCCAACACAGAGGGGUCCUUCUACUGCCACUGCCACACCGGCUACAGGCUGCUUGCACACCAGAACUCCUGUGAAGAUAUCAACGAGUGCCUCAACCCCGGCACCUGCCCGAGGGGGAAAUGCAAGAACAGGCCGGGCACGCACGAGUGUGUCCCCUGCCCAGAGGGAUACCGGAGCCAGGCCGGGGAGUGCUUUGAUAUCGAUGAGUGUUUGGACAGAUCUUUCUGCCUAAACGGCAAGUGCCACAACACGAAGGGGUCCUACAGCUGUACCUGCAACGAGGGAUUCAAGGCCCUGCCGGACAAGAAGAGUUGCCAAGACAUCAACGAGUGCAACGAGGGGCGUUUCUGCGCCCACGGUCGCUGCCUGAACACCGAGGGCUCGUUCCAGUGCCGCUGCUACUCCGGCUAUCGACUCAACAGCCGGCAGACCUCGUGCGAAGACAUCAACGAGUGCCAAGAGCUGGCUCACGCUUGCAUGAACGGGGAGUGUGUCAACACACCAGGGUCCUACACCUGCCAGUGUCACCCUGGAUACCAAUUCAUGGACGGCCCAAAGUGUAAAGACAUCAACGAGUGCGCCCUGAAUCGCUCGCUGUGCGGCCCCUACGGAAUCUGCAAGAACCUGGACGGCUCCUACACCUGCGUUUGUGACACCGGCUUCACCCUGUCCCUGGAUGGCUCCACGUGUGAAGAACCGGAGAGGCCUGAGGGGAAGAAGGAGUGUUACCUCAGCCUGGACGACCCGAUAUUCUGCGACAGCGUCCUGGCGGCCAACAUCACCAAGGAGGAGUGCUGCUGCUCGCUGGGUGCGGGCUGGGGCGACCUCUGCGAGAUCUACCCUUGCCCCGUCCACAGCACGGCCGAGUUUCACUCCCUGUGUCCGGACGGGAUGGGAUACCUCGUGAACAACGACAACCUAUUCAGCAUGGGAUUGCCCGCGUACAGAGACAUCGACGAGUGCACGCUAUUUGGCCAGGAGAUCUGCAAGGAGGGGGUGUGCAUGAACACGCAGCCCGGCUUCGAGUGCUACUGCAAGCAAGGCUACUACUAUGAUGGCUCACUCCUCCAGUGUCUGGAUGUGGACGAGUGCCAGGACACACAGAGUUGCCCCAACGCCCGCUGUAUCAACACCAAGGGGUCCUACACCUGCGCCUGCCUGCUGCCGAUGACCUUCGACACGGUGAAGAGACGCUGCGUGCAGCCCACGGUCCUCAGCGAACGGCCGGAGAUUGACCGGGAUCUCUGCUGGCAUCAGGUGGACAACGACUUCACGUGCAGCCACCCCAUGGGCUACCAGACCACCUUCUCUGAGUGCUGCUGCCAACACGGCCAGGCCUGGGGGCUGGAAUGCCACAUCUGCCCAACCCGGAUGUCAGCCAACUUCCCCCACUUGUGUAACAGCACUCGGUGGGUGCCAAGCCACCGCCCGGGCAGAGGGAUGGAUCGCAACAGGAGGGAACAGAUGGACACAUCGCAGAGCAGCGACGAUAACAGCUCCUCCUCCGACUCCGACGAGUGUUCCUGCUGGCACGGCCGUUGCGUGCGAGGGCGUAGGUGUGACUGCUUCAAGGGCUUCCAGCUGGACAGCAGCGGGAAGUGUCGAGACAUCAACGAAUGUCGCGAGCGACAUCACAAGGGGUCCCUCUGCAAGAACGCGGUGUGCGUGAAUACCAUGGGCUCAUACCGCUGCGUCUGCUACCAAGGCUUUGUGCCAGAUCGACGGCAGGGAAGGUGCAUACGGCGGAAGAUGAGCUAAGACCACAGACGCAGAGCCAAAGGCAAAGAAACAAAAAAACUCUCGCCCAUUCCUUUCUCGGCCAGCCCGAUGCUCGAAGGGACUGUGCAUCCAAUGAUAACAUUGAAAAUAUUUUUUGUAACUUUUGGAAAGACAUUAAUUUAAUACUCUGAAAAUGUGCAGGAGGAGAAAAGAUGCCUUAUUUUACUGUCAAAUACCUUUGGUUGGUGGAACUUAGUUUUCCAAUCUGUUUUUUUUUUAAUAUUUGUUGGUUGUUUUUAAAAAAAAAAAAUUGCAAGCAAGAUUUACCACGCUCAAUGUGUGGUGGCUAUUUUGACCACAAUCGUCCAGAAGGCUUAACCAAAGAAGGCGGCAUCAUCUCCAGAAGAUUUGACUGGGCAGUCACAUUGCCAUUUGAACCAAAAGGAGAAUUAAGGACUCCGGCAAUGUCAAUAUGAGGACAAGUGAGGAGGCUAUCGGCUGCCUUAAUGAGUGUACUGUUGGUUUGGUGGGGACAUGGUGGCAACAGCAUUGGAGACACAACUACGGACUGGACUGUGAUGUAGAUAUUAAUAAAGGAAAUGAACCUA